GGUCUGGGUGAUCCUCCCCCCCCCCCCAACAUAACGCGGUCCGGGUUCCCGGUCCCACCUAACGCGAUCCUGGGUUCCCGGCCCGCAGCCGACUGCCAGCGGCUUGGUGCCGCCGAGGGUCGGGAGCGCGCGAGCUCGUACCCACGGCUGCGAGAAGGGUUUCCCCAGACCGAGACGCGGAAACGGAGUGCUCCGGCCUCCCUCCCGCUCUCCGCCUGAUCUUCGCGGUCGCAGACGCUGUGCGCCCUGCGCGAUGGGUGCCAACGAGGACCAGGAGAUGGAACUAGAAGCUUUACGUUCUAUUUAUGAAGGAGAUGAAAGCUUCCGGGAAUUAAGUCCGGUGUCGUUUCAGUACAGGAUAGGUGAAGAUGGUGAUCCCAAAGCCUUCCUAAUAGAGAUUUCCUGGACAGAGACCUAUCCCCAGACACCUCCGGUUAUAUCUAUGAACGCCUUUUUUAACAACACCAUCUCCUCGGCUGUGAAACAGAGCAUCUUAGCCAAGCUACAGGAAGCGGUAGAAGUGAACCUUGGCACCGCCAUGACCUACACGUUGUUCGAGUAUGCAAAGGACAAUAAAGAGCAGUUCAUGGAGAACCACCAUCCUGGGAAUUCUACGCCAACACCCAUAGCCAAUAUCGUCUCUGUUGAAGCUCCCAGCACAGCCCCAUCAAGUAAGAAAAAAGACAAGAAAGAACAACUUUCCAAAGCUCAGAAACGCAAGCUGGCAGAUAAGACGGAUCACAAAGGGGAGCUCCCUCGAGGCUGGAACUGGGUUGAUGUCGUGAAGCAUUUAAGCAAAACUGGCUCUAAAGACGAUGAGUAGCACCUGCAGAAGAAGCAGGCAGCCCGGAUCAACAUGUCUCCUUACCUUUUCUGGCACCGAGUGGCAUUUUACAAGACAUAGCUCUUUUGUAUGUGUCUUUAAAAAUAGAAGUGGAAAGUCCACGACGAGAUCUGGUUGUAGUAAAUUAUUUUCACAAGCUCGCCUUCGUGAAGGUGAAAGUGUAGCCAUUGAGAGUCCUCUCUGCUGCCGGGAGCAUCGUCGGCAGUGGAUGGCCCUCGGGGGCGAGUCAGUGGUGACUUCCACCAAGCCGCUUGCAGAUGGCAGUUCAGUGGUGACAUCACUGGUAUUCCAUGGCAUGACCCUAGCAACAGGCGUCUCCCCGUAAGUCGCCAUCUCCUCCUGCUUGGAUAACCAAGAGAAAGCUGCUACAGAGCAAUGUCAGCACUGGUGCUGAGGGUUCUGAUUCUUUCCUCAUUUGUGAGCAGUCAAUUGCUUCCCCUUAAUAAACUGAUCUCUAGUUCUACUUUUCUCUUAGCUUGGGUGAAGGUGUUUGAUCAUGAGAUCUUCCAAUUCUGUGACGAAUAGAAAGAAUAUAAGAAGAAAACUGAGAGCCUGGGAAAGAGCUCAGUCAGUAAAGGGCUUGCCGUGCAAGCACGAGGACCCGCGUUCAGGUCCCCAGCAGCCACGGAGAAAGCCAGGCAUGCGCCUGAAACCCAGUGCUGGGUGGGCAGGGACGGGAGGAUCCCUCGUGCUUGCUGGCCAGCCAGUCUGGCAGAAUCCCUGAACUCCCGGUUCAGUGAAAGAUGCUAUCUCAAAUAAAUAAGGUAGAAAGCAAUACAGGAAGAAGACACAUAACAGAUCUUGGGCCUCAACAGGCAACACACACAAAUAUAUAGAUAUAUCAUACAACAAACAAAAACAACAGGUUUGCCAAAUACUUCAGAAGGCAUUUGGAUAAGUGCUAGCUCUUGUUUCAAAUACUUCUCUUUGCUGCAUAUGCCAGGAUGAGUAUAAGAUGCCUUAAUAUUUAAUUUUUGUAUUGUUGGAGACAGUGGUUUUAAUAAAUUCCUAUUAUCUGCUAUUGUGAUGAUUUGUUGGUAACUAUUAAGGUCUUUCAGUGGAUUCAGCAUAAAACAUAUUUCCAAUCCUGGGUGUACUUCUUGGUUGUUGGGUGGGGGGUGGUCCUGCUUUUCGGUGGGUUUUUUAUUUGUUUGUUUUUAUAGUGUCUUUUCAAAUGUCCAGAUGUGUUCCCCAGCCUCUGUGUCUUUUUAAUAAUAGACACACAAGUCUUUCACAUGCUGAACUGUUGUUGGACAUGCUUGGUUCUUAAACUCAUUAGGUAGAAAAGGAAACCUACGGUAGUUUCACCUGGAGACUCUGUGUGUGUGUGUGUGUGUGUGUGUGUGUGUGUGUGUGUGUGUGUUGUCUGUGUAUGCUUCAACGUUGUCAGAAUGCCAAGUUGUACCGUGUAGUGUAGCCAACAGUUAACUUUUAAAGAACUUAGCACAGCAUGAGAACAGCCUAAGAGGUGUCCAUGGAUUUCCUAGGGUUACCCUUGGCUUCAGAUAAACCGUGUGAGCUCUAAAGUAAGUGUUCCUACACUGAAAGAGUCUGCUCGCUCUUGAAAAGCUGACUCCCGUGUGGCUUCAUGGGUUAACAUUGACAUUGAAGACACCCAGACUAUGACAUCUUUUAUUUUCAAGGUUCUGUUUGUGUAGUUUUUAUUGUCAUCUUGAUUUCUUUCUUUCUUUCUUUUUUUUUUUUUAAGAAACAUCUUGUAAUGGAAAAAAAGUGUUUUGUUCUGUUUUAAAGCUAUUACUCUGGUCAAAGUUAUUGUGGGUCUUAGAUCGCAAAGAAUAAUGCUAGUUAAAUGCCAAUGAACUAUUUUUACUCUUUUUCUAUGAAUUGUACAAAUCUCUGGGGCAGCUGGUGGCAGCGGUGCCUCCUGUUACCUGUGUGGACACUUGAACUCUUCCGUCAGUGCUGCCGUCACCGGAUAUGCCCCCGGUAUAUUUUCUCAGAGUCUAUUUCCUUAAGACUGUAUGGAUGACAUGCCUGAGAAGCAAUAAAGUCGGAAU